AUGUCAAGCGCGAUUAUUCGGAGAUUUUGCGUGAUUUGUCACAGAGGAACCGAAACGUCGGCUUCAUCAUCCACACAAGUUGACAAGGACACGGUUGCAUUCGAUUCCAACAACAUGCUGACAGAUCAACAGGUAAACUCUUACCUAGCGGAUCAUCCGCAGUUUUUGGAAGAAUACAUCAUGAAUAAAAUCGAGAUGGAGCAGCUGGAAAGAUGGAUAAUAAGGAAAUCGAAGAAAGUAAGAAAAAUACAAGGCUCUUCCGUUAGAACCAGAAAAACGAGUUUAUCGAAAUGGAAGUUUUGCGUGCACGCCGACAAACGCCAGAUGCUGCAACAUCUAUCCCAAAGCCUGCAGGAGAAUCCGACGCAGGAUCACGUGCUGUGGGAACUGGCCACCUGCAUAUCAUCGGCGGUUAAAGCGGACGGUUUCCGCUUGUAUUUGGUGGAUCAGGAGAAUUGUAAUCAAUUGCACGUUCUCCUCGGAGUCGAUCAUUCGCAUAAUGCCGAUAUGAAAACGCAACUGAUGAAAAAUGGUAUAACCAUUCCUUUGUUCGUAGCGAAAAAUCGACUACCUGUUAGAGUGUCCAGGGGAUUAAUCGACACGCGAUUUCCGGAAAAUGUAUUAAACGAGCUACACAAAGAAGUGAUCCACGUUUUCUGUCAACCGAUCACAGAAACAUUAAACGGAAAAGUAGUAGCUGUUUUGGAGCUAUGGAGAACCGAUUCGAACAGCCAAUUUUACGAAGAAGACGAAGAAAUUGCUUACAGUUACCUGAUUUGGGGAGGCAUUGCCCUACACUACGCCCAACUCUACUUAAACAUGAAUCGACAGAAGAGCUUAAACGACUUCCUCUUAGUUGUGGUGAAGUCUAUAUUUCAAGACAUGGUCAGUAUCAACAGUUUAGUUAUAAAAAUUAUGAACUUCGCUCAGAGACUGGUGGACGCCGAUAGAGCGUCGCUGUUCCUCGUCGACGCCAAGAACAAGGAAUUAUACGCCACUAUAUUCGACGUCGGCGUCGGCGACGAUUCCGACGUGGAAAUUAGAUCCCUAUCCUCGAACGAAGAAGACCCUAAAGUGAAUGCUUCCAAGGAAAUUCGAUUCCCAUUAGGGACGGGCAUUGCCGGGCAAGUGGCCAUGACCGGAGAAGUUCUGAACAUUCGAGACGCUUACGCCGAUUCCAGAUUUAACCGAGCCGUAGAUCAACUGACUGGUUAUACGACUAAAACAAUCUUGUGCAUGCCCAUAUAUAUCAGAGGUUCGAUUAUCGGAGUGGUUCAAAUGGUGAACAAACACAAAGGUUAUUUUUCGAAAAACGAUGAAGAAGCGUUUGAAACAUUCGCGAUUUACUGCGGAUUGGCGCUGCAUCACGCCAAAUUGUACGACAAAAUCCGCAGAUCCGAACAAAAAUACAAGGUGGCGUUAGACGUACUUAGUUAUCACAACACGUGCAGCGAGGAUGAAUUCAAGUCGGCUUUGCGCACCGGAAUUCCCAAGGAAUGCGUCGGCUUGGAUAAUUAUUACUUUAAUCCAUUUGAAUUAGACGAUGUCGAGAAGGUUAAGCAUGCGAUGUUCAUGUUUAAUGAUUUAUUCGGCACGAACGGUUUCGAUCAGGCUUGCUUGUUAAGAUUUAUUCUAACCGUGAAAAAAAAUUACCGACGAGUACCGUACCACAACUGGACUCACGGAUUCUCGGUUGCGAACAGUAUAUAUUGCAUCAUUAAAAACUCCGGAGAGGCGUUUAAUAAAAAUGAGCGUUUGGCUUUGUACGUGGGUGCUCUUUGCCACGAUCUGGACCACCGUGGAAAGAAUAAUAAAUUCAUGCUCGAUACAGAAUCUCCGCUAGCUGCUAUUUAUUCAACGUCGACAAUGGAACACCACCAUUUCAAUCAAGCUGUUACCAUACUACAACAGGAAGGUCACAAUAUAUUCGGUAAACUCACCCACAACGAAUACAAAGAGGUGUUGGGUUACUUGAAACAUUGCAUACUAGCCACAGAUCUGGCGGUAUUUUUUCCCAAUAAAGCGAAACUGGGCGACUUGGUUCAAUCCGGCAAUUUUUCUUGGGAGAAUUUCAAUCACAGAAGUUUAAUACAAGCCAUUGCGAUGACAGCGAGCGAUUUAAGCGCCAACGCCAAGCCUUGGGACAUCCAAUUUAAAACCGUUGAAGUAAUUUUUGAGGAAUUCUACGAUCAAGGCGAUGCGGAAAGAGCAGCUGGUCGAAUACCGAUUCCGAUGAUGGACAGACAACAGCCUGAUCAGCAAGCGUCCAGUCAAGUCGGGUUCUUAACUGGCAUUUGCAUUCCUUGCUACAAUUUACUCAAUACGUUGAUACCGGAGACUAAAGCUUUAUUGGAAAUGUGCAAGAAGAAUUUAGACAAAUGGACUAAAUUGGACGAAGAGAAAAAAUACAAAAAUAAAAACUAG